AUGACCAUUGAAUUUUCCUCAUCGUCGAUCAAUAAAUUGGCAAAUGAUCAAGAGGAAAAAUUAAUCUCCAAUUUUCUUAUGCUUUUUGUUUACAAAAAGACCAAAUCGACCGCUUUGAUUAAAGUGAUCUUUUUCUUGGCGAUUCUCCGACAAGGAGAUUCGCUCUAUCGUUAUGCUAAUUACUAUCUGACCAGCGGCAAUUUAGAUUCAAACGUUAUCCUCGUUUUGGCCUCAUUGGAACAUAUUUACUCGUUUAUUUGUAUACUCGUCGUGUGCAAAUGGGAUUUGAUUGUUGAGUUCGUCGAAAUUUGGUCGAAAACUGAUCUACAAGAUGAUUCGGAGACUCGAAAUUAUAUUAAUCGAAAAGACGAAAAUUUGAAUCGUUUUUUAUUGCAGUCGAUCGUAAAUUGGGACAAUUACCUAACGAAGUUGGUGCUCUGUGAAAAGCUCAGAUCAAUUCGACGAUUACAUUAUUAUGGCCGAGAAUUGACUCGACUUGUUGACCUUUUCAUAUUUUAUCUCAUCAUCGGAAUCUAUUGUAUCAUCGUACCGGUCAUUUUGCUUGGACUUUACCGAUUAAUUUAUGAGUCUGAUACGAUACUUGAUCGGUUCACAUCGUUAGGUGUCUUGGUCAUCGGUAUUUCGGCAACAGUUAUCGUUACUUUUAGCGCUGUUGAGAUAAACAAUUUGGCCUCAAAGUGUUUCGAUAAAGUUUACGAGCUUUCGUUUGUCAAUGGAUGCCCAGGCUACUACAAAGAGGUCUCACUGAUGAUGUACCGUAUGGGUCGAUAUGAUAUUGGAAUAAGUUUCGCUAAUCUCUUCAUCAUUUCUUCAUCAUUUGUCACUUCACUUGCGACACUUUGUGUUACCUUUAUAUUGGCAUUUCCGUCAACAUUCAAAACUCAAUAAUGAUUAAAAGAUUAUCAACAAUUAGUUGAUUCUCAGUGUAUUCUCAAGUACCUAAACAAAGAGGCAAUUACAUUAAAACACAAUUAAAGAAGAAAAUUAAAAUCAAAUUAUCACCAUUCAAGAAAUUAAAGUAUUGACUUAAUCCUUAAUUGAUCAAUACAUUAAUCGUAAACUUAAUCGUUACACUAAUAGCUGAUUGUUAAUUUUUUGUUUUGAUUAAAUUGAAAUUGACAUCAAUUUGAUUUCAAGUUAAUUGCUGGAA